CACACACACAGAGAGAGAGGGAGAGAGGAGUUUUACCGAAAGUCAGACUCUGUUCCAUAAUUUGAAGGACAGUAAUCUCAUCUCCCUGAGCUUCCCCGGAGCGAAGAGGUCGUUUUUUUAAACUAAAAAUACGAUUUUUUUUGUCACACCUGAAAACUGGAGCCUUGGAUGAAGUUAUGCGUAAAAAGGCGCACCGCUCGUCGUGACGCAGCGUCACCGUCCUGGAUGUAAAGCUGUGCCUGUAAAUCCAAACUGGCAGUUGGCUGUUUCAGUGCAGAACUCCCCCCACCACCACCACCACCACCUGGUGCGGAGUGUGUCUAUCAUGAGGAUUUUGUGUGUGUUUGUGUUGUGCUUCAUUGAUUUGUCAGAUGCCGUGAUCGACUUGGCCAUGAUAUCCACCGCGGAGGUCACCAGCGUCAAUCACUUCAGUAUCUCUUGUAUCAAUGGAGAGCACAGUCCUGCCCAGGUGGAGCUGGACAUCAAGAAGGACAACAAAAUCCUCUUAACGUCCAAGAAGCCAACGUUUAAGGUGCACAAGGUCAGGACCAAGGAGGUGGCGGCCAAAGAGUUCCGUGACCUGGAGCAUAUCGGUAUCUUCUACUGUGAAUCCUCUCAGGAGGUUCCUCCGCUUGAAACUGUCACCAUGAUCAACAACUUUGGCAGAGCUAAUUUUAUUCCAAGUCAUCUCACUCUGACAGUUAACAAAGAAGAAACUGUUCACCUCAGCAUGGAGCUGCUCAGCUCCCAGAAGAGAGAUGUGACCUGGAAGUACAAUGGAAAUUACUAUUACAUGACUCACUGGAAUGAUGUGAUUAAUCGCACUGCUGUGCUGACAGUGGAGAAUGCAGCUUUUGCCAAUCAGGGCAUCUACAGUGCCAGCUACGUGGGGGACAGCCCGCUUCAGGGAGCGUGGAUGAGGCUCAUUGUCAGAGACUGUCCCAGUAAGAAAUGGGGUCCAAACUGUGAUAAGGCCUGUCCAGAAUGUCUCAAUGGUGGAGUCUGUCACGAUGUGGAUGGAGACUGUGUCUGUCCUCCGGGAUUCACGGGAACACGUUGUGAGACAGCCUGCAGAGAGGGAAUGUUUGGCCGAAACUGCCAGGAGUCAUGUAACUCAUGGUUGAACUGCAAGGGGCUUCGUUUCUGCCUACCAGACCCUUACGGCUGUUCUUGUGCCAGCGGCUGGUUUGGCAGCCGUUGUGAGAAGCCCUGUCCUAAUGACAAGUAUGGACCGGACUGCAGACUCAGCUGUAAUUGCCAGAAUGGAGGAACCUGCAACCGCUUCACUGGGUGCCUGUGUCCCACACUGUGGAGAGGACUGAACUGUGAGAAGUCUGAGCGGGCUCCACAGAUCGUGGGCCUGGACACUAACCUGGAGUGGAAUCUCAACUCCAGCCCUAAGAUCCUUUGCUCGGCCACUGGAAACCCCCUGCCCAGCCACAAUGGCAUCGAGCUGAUAAAGUUGGACAGUUCUGUGCUCAAGGCUUCUCGCACCAUCAUGGACUCCAAUAAAAGCACAGCCCUGUUUGAGAUCCCUCCUCUAAGCGCUGAACAGGGAGGGAUGUGGGAGUGCAGGGUGUCCACCAAUGGAGGCCAGGAUUCCCAUAAGUUCAGCGUCACCAUUAAAGAGCCCCCUGUGCCCACGUCUGGGCCCAAACUGCUGGAAAAGAAGAGUAAGCAGCUGCUCGUGGCGCCAGUGGAGUCCUACAGAGGAGACGGCCCAAUUAUCUCCACCAGGCUUCUGUACAAACCGGAAAAGAAUGGAGAGUCCUGGUCCUCCAUCAUAGUCUACAGUGAAAAAGAGCCGAUCACACUGAUGAACCUGGAGCCUUCAACGCGCUACCGUGUGCGUGUUCAGCUGACUCGCCCUGGAGAGGGAGGGGAGGGGCAACCAGGCCCAGAGGCCGUCAUGGAGACUGACUGUCCUGACCCCACAGUUCUGCCCGAGAUUGACGUCAUUUCAGUGGAAGGCCGCAAUGUCACCGUACACUGGCAUAUACCGGCCAGCGGUGGCACCUACGCCGGCACGGCCACUGGCUUUUUAGUUCAGCUCUUCGGGGCGCCGUCUUACAGCGAGAAAGUCCAGGAGGAGACCACGCUGCUCAACGUGCUGUCCACCAAGUUCUACAAACUGGAGACGCAGCAGGACUACAACGUGGUGGUGCGCCUCAUCAACUGUGGCAGUCAGGGGCCGCCAUCCGUACCCUCCCGCUUCCGCAUCAGCAGCCAGGGGCCGUCGUCGCCGCGCAAUGUACAGGCCCUGCCUCUGUCCGUGUCAGCCGUUCAGGUGAGGUGGCAGCCCCCGGAGGAUCCAAACGGAGGCAUCAUCAAAUACAACAUAGAGUACCAGACGGUCGGCCAGGGGAGCCCUCACCCACGGGUGGACACCGACGACGGGAACAAGACCACCAAAGACGUGACAGCGCUGAACGGCAGCACGGUCUACCAGUUCAGAGUGAGAGCCGUCUCCAAAGUGCCGGGAGAGUGGAGCAAGUUUGUCCAGGCGAUGACGCAAGGGGAUGGGUCUCAGAGUUUAAUCCCGACCACCCAGGGCGUAGCAGGAAGACCCGUUCCAGACAAUUACCAGCUGCUGGUGGCGGUGGUGGGCUCAGUGACCGUCACCUGUGUGACCAUCCUGUUGGCACUGCUGGCUCUCUUCUUCAUCCGCAAGACGCUGCUCAACCGCCGGCGCACGUUCACCUACCAGUCUGGAUCAGGUGAAGAAACUAUUUUGCAGUUUAAUUCAGGAACUCUGACGCUGACGAGGAGACCCAAGCCCACGCCGGAGCCUCUCACCUACCCGAUCCUCGAGUGGGAGGACAUUAAGUUUGAAGACGUCAUCGGAGAGGGCAACUUCGGCCAGGUGAUCAAAGCCAUGAUCAAGAAGGACGGCAGCAAGAUGAGUGCAGCCAUCAAGAUGCUGAAAGAGUUUGCCUCGGAGAACGACCACAGAGACUUUGCAGGGGAGCUGGAGGUUCUGUGUAAACUAGGCCAGCAUCCCAACAUCAUCAACCUCAUCGGAGCCUGUGAGAACAGAGGUUACCUGUACAUAGCCAUUGAAUACGCUCCCUACGGAAACCUCCUCGACUUUCUGCGGAAGAGUCGAGUGUUAGAAACGGACCCUGCCUUUGCAAAAGAGCACGGCACGGCCUCCACGCUCACCUCGCAGCAGCUGCUGCAGUUUGCCGUAGACGUGGCCACGGGGAUGCACUACUUAAGUGACAAACAGUUUAUCCACAGAGAUUUGGCAGCCAGGAAUGUCCUCGUUGGGGACAACCUUGUGGCAAAGAUAGCAGACUUUGGCCUGUCCCGUGGUGAGGAAGUUUACGUGAAGAAGACAAUGGGGAGACUGCCCGUGCGCUGGAUGGCCAUCGAAUCCCUAAACUACAGCGUGUACACGACAAAGAGUGACGUGUGGUCUUUUGGUGUUCUCCUCUGGGAAAUUGUAAGCUUAGGUGGCACACCUUACUGUGGAAUGACAUGUGCUGAGCUUUAUGAAAAGCUACCACAGGGAUACAGGAUGGAGAAACCCAAAAACUGUGAUGAUGAAGUCUACGAGCUAAUGAGGCAGUGCUGGAGGGAUCGGCCGUAUGAGAGACCCCCCUUCUCCCAGAUCUCUGUCCAGCUCAACAGGAUGCAGGAGGCCAGGAAGGCUUAUGUGAACAUGGCCCUCUUUGAGAACUUCACCUAUGCUGGGAUAGAUGCCACAGCUGAGGAGGCCUGACUACCAGCCCCCCCAGGCCCGAGCAUGUCACGUAGCUCCAAGAGGAAGUCCCGAGGAUGGUCGCCACGAUACUGCCACGUCCCUGGUGCUCCGCGCCGAGACAGGAGGAGCCGGCGCUCCACCAGAACCACCCAGCUAUAGACGGAGGACUGUGAAAGGACACUGUGUGUGGAGAUAUUAGGAAAUGUGAAGUAUCGCUGGGCCUUGGAUGGAGAGAUAAACAAUCUUUUUGGGAGACGCUGAUUCCCUCGCGACUGGAAAAGAAGGACACAAUAUUACCUCUUGACCUUGAUGCUAGUGUUGAGGGGACGUGGCAAAUAAGGAGCUAUAUGACUUGCUGUAACACCACAGGGUCUGUGGGGUGAAGAUGCUGGGCUUAAUUGUCAGCCAUAUAAAACAGGGGUGGGGACAUUUUGCUUCUACCAAAAGGACCAUUAGGACUGUAAAUUGAAGAAAUCAAACUCACAGUAUGUGACAGUAAUCUCUGCGAUGCAGUGGCUGGAACUGCCUCUCUUUAUGUCAGAUGGUAACGAUGAUGAUGCUACUCACAACUCCUACUGUUGUUUUUGUCACAGGCCAAAGAUGGAAACUCAACCUUUCUUGCUGUGUCCUCAUCAGAGUUUUUCUUUACCGAUAUUAUCAAUAAUUCUCUUUAAGGACGGACUGAUGUUUUUCAAGUUAAGUAGGAGCAAAGUUGGAUGAGAGUCUACCAAAGAUAAUCUGAAAAACGCUGAAAAGCUGCUGGAUCCCCUGAAACGUAUUAUCAUGUUUGUUCUUACAUUUUGUCUUCUACAUGUCUUGUCCUCUACUUCAACAACACUUUUAGAAUUUGUCUUUAAAGAGCUUGUCUUGGUUUGUCCCGGCUGACAGACGAAAGAUGAAAGAAUGUAAAGUUUAUUGCAAAAAAGAAUCAAUUGCUGUUAUAAGAGUUCAGGGUUUUUUUAUAUUUUGUGUUGGAUAUUUUUAUGAACACCCCCCUGGACUGCUUUCUAUAGAGAGUGAAAAUAUUCAUGAAGAUAAAAUGAAAAACCACUGAACAGAUAAACGUACAAGUUCUCAAGAAAAAGGAGGAAAGACAUCUAAUGUAGCACUUAAAACUCUUUUUAUAUUUGCUUACCACUGCCUAGUGAAUGUAUCUACUACUGUGUGUCAUUUGUUUGUUUAUUAAAAUAGUAUCAACGUCUCUUAUUCAAGUCUAGUUACAGCCGACAUAAAUGCAACCAUGUAAAUGCCCGUUGUGUUGCAUGUCAACGUCAUCGUACAAAAUACUUAUUUGGGACGAAAACUACUAAUAUAGAGCUGAAUCACAGCCACCUGACGGGCUACGUACCACUAUAUAGUUUACUUUUUAUACAGUGCAAAAGUUAUGUAUGGUAUGUAUCCGCCACACAAGAAUGUACUGUGUGUUUUCAUGACCUGGUACAUGUGUGGUGACUGGACUCACCACCACAAGCAGUUUGGUGUCAUUUGCAAGUCCCUUUUCCCCAGUCAUAAGCUCUGCGGAUUCUGUGACAGUUUGUUGUUCGGCGGCGGUAAGCGUCGGGGGGUGGGGGGGGGUUGAGGUCAGGAGCUCCCCUGCUGCAGCGAGCUGAUCUGUCACUGAGUUUCCCCCCCACAAAGCCACCACAGGCUCAGAGCUGUCUGUCAAACAUGGAGUGGAAGUGGACGCGUUUCCUGGUGACUUCAGUGCAAAGACAACAACAAUAUUAUGUAUUUUACUCCCUUUACGUCUAAACACCAACACUCAGUUGGCAGAAAAUAAACACCAAUGUAAAAACAAA